AUGGGUGAUUCUUCAGUUUCGCUGGAGCAGCUUUUAGUGAGUGAUAACCUAAUAGAAGCCAACGCUUCAGAGGAUGACAAAAUCAAAGCUGUCAUGUUUCAGUCCAGCCGGUGCUUCUAUCCUGUUGACUAUGCACGGCAGCUUAUUGGACUGCUCCCUUUAAAUUACGUCUGCUUCCGCUGUGGGAUACCUGGACAUCUCAUCAAAUACUGUCCAAAUAUUGGGGCCCCAAAAUUUGAUGGCAGUAAACAGCCAAAAAAGUGUUCAGGUAUUCCACGCAGUUUCAUGGUGAAGGUAGAUGACCCAAACAGAAAGGGAGUCAUGCACACAAAUGAUGGACAAUUUGUCAUCCCCAUUAUUAAUGUUGAGGCCUAUGCUAAUGGGAAGAAAGAGAGGCCACCUUUCUUGCCCCAGGAUGAACCUUCAUCCCCAAAGCAAGAAGAUCCAGUGCCUGAAGAGCUGCUGUGUCUGAUCUGCCAAGAACUCAUGACUGAUGCUGUGGUCAUCCCCUGCUGCAGAAACAGCUACUGUGAUGAAUGUAUCCGAACAUGUUUGCUGGAGUCUGACGAACAUGUUUGCCCGACUUGCAAACAGUCAGAUGUUUCCCCUGAUUCUCUGAACGCAAAUGUGCUUUUGCGUCAGAAGGUGAAUAAUUUCACUAACGGACCAGGAGGCACCGACGGGAUUUACCGAACUGCAGUUGCUGCUGGAGUCCAAGUGCAGGUGCCUCAGCCACCUAGUGCCACACCUCAGCAGUAUCCCGUACAGUGUUCUUCUUGUUCGUACAACAUUCUGUCACCUGUCCAUGCAUCAGUCUCACCUAACUUGCAGGCUCCCUGGAUGGCUCCUGUCCCUCAGCCACCCAAAGCCAGCCUUUCCUCAACUGUGCCUUUUCAGUCCAAGGAGAAAUUGUACAGGCAGCAGCGCAGACUGAAGGAAGAGUGA